GUCCAACACAGAAUUCUGUUGUUGCUGUUGUCUUUUCAACAAGAAGAAGAAGAAGAAGAACAACAACAACUAGUGUUAUCCAUUUCUCAAAUUUUUUCUAAAAACCCCAACUUUCAAAAGAAGAAAACCAAUAAGGAUUUUAACAAGAAUUGAUUACCAUGUUGGCCACUCGAGUUAGUAAGGGUAUUAUAACGAAACCAACGAGGCCGUUAUCUUUGUCACGGUCAAGCGAAGUUUGCAAUUCCUUUGUGCCAAUUGAUAGGAAAGGGUUAAGCAAUGCAGAGAUUGUGGAGAGCUGCCAUUUGUCUUUGAGGAAUAGAGCAUUUUUGUCUCCACUAGUGACCCGGAAAAGAAAACCCGAUAUUUGUGUUUGUGAUGGUCAGUUGAGCUCUGAUUGUGAUGUAAGUUCCUCUGAUGUGGAAGAGGAGACUCUGAGCAGUGCAGGGGAGGACACUCUUAAAUUGACAGGAACUCCUGCCAGUCAAUCAAAGUCUCGGGAUGUAAAGCAUGAACUUUUAAUGCUUUCUUUGCCUGCAAUUGGUGGACAGGCUCUUGAACCAUUAGCACAGCUGAUGGAGACUGCCUAUAUUGGUAGAUUAGGUCCUGUGGAGUUGGGUUCAGCUGGUAUUUCCACAAACAUCUUUAACUGCAUAUCAAAGCUAUUUAAUAUUCCUCUCCUUAGUGUUGCCACUUCUUUUGUUGCUGAAGACAUUUCGAAGAAUUCAGUCAAAGACUCUGCUUCAGAAGACAGUACUAAUGGUAAACCAGCUGAAAGAAAGCAGCUAUCUUCAGUAUCUACAGCUUUACUAUUAGCAGUUGGGAUUGGCAUUAUUGAGGCUUUGGCCUUGUAUUUGGGAUCAGGAAAGUUUCUAGAUUUAAUGGGCAUAUCAUCAGGUUCAUCCAUGCGUAUUCCAGCACAACGAUUUCUUUCACUUAGAGCCUUUGGUGCUCCUGCAGUUGUGGUAUCUUUGGCUCUCCAAGGCGUUUUCCGUGGUUUUAGGGACACAAAAACUCCUGUUUUAUGUCUAGGCAUUGGAAAUCUAUCAGCAGUAUUUUUGUUUCCCAUUCUUAUGUAUUAUUUUAAAUUGGGUGCAACUGGAGCAGCCAUAUCCACUGUCUUGUCUCAGUAUAUUGUUACCUUUUUACUGAUCUGGCAUCUAAACAAUAGAGCUGUAUUACUGCCUCCAAAGCUGGGAUCACUUCAGUUUGGUGGAUAUUUAAAAUCUGGUGGUUUUCUUCUUGGAAGAACUCUUGCUGUUCUUAUUACCAUGACAUUGGGGACAUCAAUGGCUGCUCGUCAAGGUCCAGUUGCUAUGGCUGCACAUCAGAUAUGUAUUCAAGUAUGGUUGGCUGUAUCCCUCCUUACGGAUGCACUGGCUGCAUCUGGUCAGGCCCUGAUUGCAAGUUCUUUCUCUAAAGGUGAUUAUCAAUCUGUGAAAGACGUUACAGAUUAUGUUUUAAAGAUAGGAUUGUUCACUGGAGUUUUCUUGUCUGCAAUUCUGGGUGUAUCUUUUGGUUCGUUGGCCACUGUGUUUACGAAGGAUGCUGAAGUGUUGGGAAUUGUUAGAACUGGGGUACUGUUUGUCAGUGCUAGUCAACCUUUGAAUGCCCUGGCUUUUAUUUUUGAUGGCCUCCAUUAUGGUGUUUCAGACUUCCCAUAUGCAGCUUACUCUAUGAUGAUGUCGGGGGCAAUAUGUUCAACCUUUUUGCUCUAUGCUCCUUCAAUUUUAGGCCUUCCUGGGGUUUGGUUGGGCUUAACUCUCUUUAUGGGUUUACGGACGGUGGCAGGAUUUGCGAGAUUACUAUCAAAAAAUGGUCCAUGGUGGUUCUUGCACAGGGACUUCCAGAGAACUGAGCUGGCCACUUGAGAUGGGAACCAUCUGGAAAGAUUGCAGGACAUAUACGAUGCUCAAGUAUGAUAUGACAUACAUUCUUUUAGAGGUGUUUCAGUUGUAACUUGCGGCUUUUGGUUACACAUUCUUUUUAAGCUGAUAGAAAGUUUUUGGCUUUCAAUUGGCAUAAUCUUGUAUAAAGUAAACAAGUUAAAGCAAUGUGUUAUCCAUUAGAAAUUUUGUUAAUGAAUUUGUUAUUUUUGUUA